AUUUUUCUCUAAUUUUAUCUACUUGAUUCACAUGUGGAUCCUAUUUACUUUAUUUACAAAUGUGUGUCAACUUCUGAAAGUAGCAAGGUUAUGUUAAAUUAGACAACUUAAUAAUUAUUGUUGCUUGUUGCUUACUUGUGAUAUUAGAUCUAAAACAUACAAAUAAAUUAGUUAUGUUCGUAUAUCUAGGACAUAUCUUAUAAUUACUGUGCACGAAUAUCAAACAUUAUUACAACUUUUUCAUACAGUUAAAUACGUAAUAAGAUUACUUUAUUAUUUACAAUGGAAGAAAAGCCAUCUACUUUAUGUCGAAUAUGCUUACAAGAUGGAGCAAAAUAUCCCAUUUUUGAAAAAGGUGAAGGUAGCAUCCUCAAGAAACUUUCUAUGUGCUUAAAUGAAAAGUUUGAAGAUGUUGAAGGAUAUCCAAGGAAUAUUUGUGAUGACUGCAACAACAUUUUGGAUACAAUAUGCAAUUUUAUCAACAAAUACAAAAGCACAAACACAAUAUUACAAACUGGCUUGCACUUGCAAAGUGGUUUGAAUAUAAAAAAGAUAAAACAAGAAACUGAAUACUUUAGCGGAGAUGAACAGACGGAGGAGUUAGAAAUUAACUUUGAGAAUGUGAAAUAUGAGGCUGACAAUGACUAUGGCUCAGAUUUUAGUGACAAUGAUAUUGAAAGGGAAACAUUGCAAUUAAUAAACAUGAGAAAGAAGCCUAGCGCAUCUAAAUCAACAAAAGGCAACAUAGGGGCAAAAAGGAAAGGAAAUAUGGCAACAAAUAAAGUAGCUAGCUCUAUGUUAGAAGGUGAAUUUGUAUGGAAUGGCAGAUAUUGGUGCUUUAAACAAUACAAGGAUAACCCUGACAUACCUGUGUAUAAAAAAACGAAAGGACGACAACCUGCUCUGAAGGUCAAAGUUGAGAAGGUCAAAGAACCACUUCCUCCUAAAUUGUGCGACCUCUGUGGAGAAGUGUUCAAAACCCAAGAGAAACUGUCAACCCACAAAAGAAAGAAACACAUCCAAAGAGAAAUAAAAUGUCCCCACUGCCCAAAAAUUCUGGCCUCCAACUUCUAUCUAGUACGGCAUGUAAAGAGGAAACAUGAUGGAUCAAAAGAUUUUGUGUGUUCUGCAUGCGGCAAAGCAUUCGCUUUUAGAGGGGAAUUAACGACGCACAUCCGAAAGGUCCACGAUAAGACAAUCAAGAAAAAGAAAUACACAUGUAAAAUAUGCAAUAAAGAUUACAAUUGCCAAAAAUCUGUGACUAUACAUGAGAGAUCAGUUCACACAGGUGACCGACCGGCCGUGUGUAAUGUUUGCGGGACCAGUUUCUACCACGAGGACUAUUUGAAGGAGCAUAUGAGACUCCAUACAGGGGAAACGCCAUUCAAAUGUCCAGUGUGCGGCAGAGGGUACGCCCAGCGAGGCAAUAUGAAGAGCCACUUGAGAAUACAUCGAAUAUCAGAGCUAGAUAGUGUUACGUUAAGUAAAAUUAAACCAAAUUAUUUAAAACUUCUCAAACCUUAGGCUAGGUUUGGUAUUUUUAAGUGUUAGGUUAAUUAAAGUUACAUCUUCUUGUUAUAUAAAGGCCUACUUGCAAAUUUCGAUGUUUCCCGAAGCCGAAACAUCGACAUGCCUACGCUGUGUUUAAGAAGUUUGUCACGUGACUAUGAUAGACAUAAGGUGCGCGUCCACCGCAUCGGAAUCGGAGCGGACGGAUUUGUUGUUUUGUAUUUAUUUUAUAUGGUACUUCGUGCAUUUCUACGCUUGACAAAUUAUAAAUGACGACGCAUUGUCCGCACCGUACGCUCCGAUUCCGACCGGGUAGACUCGCAGCUUAAAGGAAGCCCGAUACAUGUUACUUCAGGGUAAGGUCAUAUCUAAACUUCGGAUGGCUUUCGGACCGAUCGGAAGAUUGACGUUGCCGUUUCGAAGUAGGCUUUCUGGUUUGUGAUAGCGGAUGAGGCUCGAAUCACAGGUUGCCUCCAACGCGCGUGGAUUCCUGUGAUUCUCAUCCGCUAUCACGCGCGUGGACGCAGUUUUUGAAUAUCGAAAUGUUCACUCCCAAACUAGUGAGGCGAUGCAAACAUUGCGUAAGGAUCAAUUUAUACUAGCGAAGCGAAUUUCCAAAAACUGAACACAGAAAAUUC